CCUGAAAGGCAAUCAAAAGAGAGCUUGUUUAGUUUUCAUUAUGACUUUGCAGAUCAUAUUACUAGCUUUGACAUGUGCAGCAAUGAUUGUGUUGAGUGAGGAGUAUUCAGUCACUAAGUCACCAACGUUUACAAGCAAAAUAGAAGAACAAGAACAGGAAUUUAUUGAAGACAACAAUCCUUGCCGCAAAGAAUAUCUGAACUAUUGUCUUAAUGGUCAGUGUGUGUUUCAUGCCGAUCUCACCACUCCUCUGUGCAGGUGUGACACCAGUUUUACAGGAGAAAGGUGCGAACACAUGACUCUUUUAGCAUACUCACAAGAUGAAGAAGCUGUAUAUAUUGCAAUAGGAAUAGGUGUUGGGUUGCUGAUAAGUGGAGCUAUUUUCUUUAUCUGGUAUUGCUGGAAAAAAAGGUGCAAAAAAACAGACUAUGAAACCUGCGAGAAAAAUGAAGCAAUAUAAAUAUAAAACGUAUUCAUUAUUUCCUGCAAAAACCCAGCAAGUACAGUUAGAAGAUUAUUGAUCAUGGCAUUAUUCUCUUGAUGACACCAAAAUAAUGGGACAUUGUACAGAUUUUUUUAUAUUGAUAAUUCUGGACUGUGCACCAUUGCUUCUUUGCUGAAUUAAAAUGCAUUUGCUGCAUACAUUUGGCAGCAGACAGGUCCACAUUAAUGCUUUUAUAUACAUAUAUAUAUAUAUAUAAAUUAAGCUAGUAGCAGUUUGUUUUAUAAAGGGUGAUGUCUCAUAUUCCUGCUAACUGCAAACUGUGAAAGUAAAGGAUUUUCAGAAACCUGUGAUAGGAAUGAAGUUGAAAGAAAUCAACUUUUUUUUUGGCAUACACGGCGAAUAUUAACAUUUGGAAAUCUUUCCUGACCUAUUAACAACUACACUAUUUAACUGUGUCAUAAAACAUUGAUUUAUUUAUUGAAUGGUCUGAAUGAUCUGACUGAAUCUUUAAAUGAGAAUUAAAGCUUUAAAAUUGACAUUUCUAGACAUGCUGCAUUUUAUAUACUGAACUUAAUGUACCAGCAGAGAGUUUCAGCAGCCCUAUAACAGUAAAGAUCCAGGCUUUCAGUUGUCCACAGGGACUACCCAGCACUUGAGUGUCACUGACACUGCACAUGCUCAUUGCACUCUGGGCAGCUGUUGAGAAGUUACAGUCAGCUUAGGGGUUGUUGAAAUCUUCAAACAGAAAAUUAGUUAUGUGUGUUUUUGUCUGUUAUGGAAGCUAUGCUGCAAUGUUAGUAAUGUAAUUCAUUAUUAGCCAUAUAGACUAUACAUAUACUGUGUGUGUGUGGAGAGAGAGAGCAUGAGAGAGAUUCUGUAUAUUGCCAUUAUUGUGAUUAUUGCAAUAGCGAUUAUUCUGGAAGCAUUGGUUCUCUAUCCUGCAAUGAUAGUAAUUUAAUUCAUUAUUAGCCAUAUACACUAUACAUAUACUGUGUGUGUAUAGAGAGAGAGAGAGAGAGAGAGAGAGAGAGAGAGAGAGAGAGAGAGAGAGAGAGAAAGAGAGAGAGAGAUUCUGUAUAUUGUUGAUCCCUUAGCUCAGGUAACAAGCAGCAGCCUAGUAGAGAAAAUGCAAUUAGCAAUUCUAGUCUAAUUCUUAAGCUUUAUUUAUCAUUUAGUAUCUCAUUUUUUUUAACCUAUAUUUAAAAUAUAUCUAGAUUUUACAAUACAAACAAAUCCUCCAGUCUGUGUAAAUCUGGUUCUAUGGACUUUGUUCCUGUAACUGGAGAUGGAAAUCGAAACAUUUUAAAAUAUUAUAGAAUGUAUUAUUCUUAACAAUAUUUCAAGUCUUAAUAUUAUAUAUAAUUAUAUUAUAUAUUGUUUUUUGAUUUGCUGUUCUGUUUGUUUUUUUCCAUUUUUCAAAUUGGAGUCACUGACUUCUGCAGCCAAAUCUAUUUCUCUGUGACACUACCGUUUUAUUGUUAAUGUUACUUAUGUUGCUUAUAUUCCCAUUCAGGCUCUCUCCUAUUCAUAUUUCAGUCUCUCAUUCAGACCACUGCCUGGUUGCUAGCAUAAACUGUACCACAGCAACCAGAUAGGAGAGCUGCUGAACAAAAAUUAAAAUAUCCAAGAAUAAAAACAA